AUGGAUGAAUGCGGAGAAACAGUGCGCGGGGACCUGCAUGACAAAUGUAAGGAGUUGCUGGACAAGAUCUGCUGGACAGAAUCUUCGAAGCAGCUUGCUAUUCUCUUUGUGAACCUUUGCGUCUCCGCAGAGAUCCAUGAGGUCUCCGCUCUCUGGUUCCUAUGGUAUGUGAAGCAGUGUGGGGGCACGACCAGGAUCUUCUCAACAUCCAAUGGAGGGCAGGAGAGGAAAUUUGUGGGUGGAUCUGGUCAAGUGAGUGAGCGGAUAAUGGAACUCCUGGGGGAUCGAGUGAAGCUGGAGAGGCCUGUGAUCCACAUUGACCAGACAGGAGAAAAUGUCCUUGUGGAGACCCUAAACCAUGAAUUGUACGAGGCUAAGUACGUGAUUAGUGCUGUUCCUCCUGUUCUAGGCAUGAAGAUUCACUUCAAUCCCCCUCUGCCAAUGAUGAGAAAUCAACUGAUCACUCGUGUGCCUUUGGGUUCAGUCAUCAAGAGUAUAGUUUAUUAUAAAGAGCCCUUCUGGAGAAAUAUGGAUUACUGUGGAAGCAUGAUUAUUGAAGGAGAGGAAGCUCCAGUUGCCUAUACAUUGGAUGAUACUAAACCCGAUGGCAGCUAUCCUGCCAUAAUAGGAUUUAUCCUUGCCCACAAAGCCAGAAAACUGGCCCGUCUUACUAAGGAGGAAAGGUUGAAGAAACUCUGUGACCUCUAUGCAAAGGUUCUGGGCUCACAAGAAGCUUUGCACCCAGUGCACUAUGAAGAGAAGAACUGGUGUGAGGAGCAGUACUCAGCAGGUUGCUACACUUCCUACUUCCCUCCUGGGAUCAUGACUCAAUAUGGAAGGGUUCUACGCCAGCCAGUGGGCAGGAUUUACUUCGCAGGCACAGAGACUGCCACACACUGGAGUGGCUACAUGGAGGGGGCUGUGGAGGCUGGCGAGAGAGCGGCCCGAGAGAUCCUGCAUGCCAUGGGCAAGAUCCCAGAGGAUGAAAUCUGGCUGCCUGAACCAGAGUCUGUGGAUGUCCCUGCGAAGCCCAUCACCACCACCUUCUUGCAAAGGCAUUUGCCCUCCGUGCCAGGCCUGCUGAAGCUGAUUGGAUUGACCACCAUCAUUUCAGCAACUGCUCUCGGCUACCUGGCCCACAAGAGGGGGCUCCUGGUGCGAAUCUAAAGAGAGGGCAUCUGUAACCACACCCUGGUGUGUGGGUUUGGGGGAAAGCAUUGUAAUAAAGUUCCACAAAGAUGCAAAGAAUUUAGAGUGAGGAGGGGAGCAUGACGAUCAGUCAGACUUUCUGACCACAGGAUACACAGUCUCUCUUUCUCCAUUUGGACACCUGUGUAUUGUCUAGUACCUAGCUUAGCACUCUGUCUCACCCACUUCCAAGUUCACUGGCUCCAGAAUCUUUACAGUAGUUAAAUUGGCUUGUGAAAGGUCCUUGCUACCCUACUAUACAUCGCCCAGGCACACACACACACACACACACACACACACCCACCACUACUGUUUUCUUCCCUCUAUGGCUUUGUGCUUGUCCUUCCUCUUUCCUGUAAUGUCCACAACCUUCCAGGUUCUCUGCAUUUGUCCUUAGAAUCCCAUAUUGUUACAGCUGGAAGAACUUAGACACCAUCCCAACCCUUACUUUCUAUUUUAGAGUUGAGCAAACUGAAAUGGAGAGAGGAGGAACUUAAUGGCUCAAUGUCCACAAUAAGCCACUGAUAUUUUGGUGACUAGGACACAGGUCCAUUGCUUUAUCCUGUCUCUCGGGAUGGAUUGCCCAAUCACCCUUCUCUACUCCCUGCCAAGGUCGCUGAUAGUGUUCCCUUGGGUAGGUUUACUCUUCACUAAGUUGUUUUGUGCUACUCAGAUGCCACUACUCAGUGUAUAUCCUUAAGUCUUACUGUCUUGGGCUGUGUGUCUUCAGCUCAUUUUACUUUUUUUUCAUGGUAAGAGUUCUUGUCUUGUCUUCCUUUUGUAUCCUCCACUGAAUCUGGAUACAAAGGUUGGUGCACAUUUGGGUAAUUCAAUAAUUCAAAUAAAGUUGAUUGACCAGA